AUGGCAGCCCCACAGUUUCAUAGGGCCGCCGAAGAACGGGAGAUCGUCCCCAUGUUGUUAUCCCUAAUUGUGCAGGCCGCCUGUAUUCCUGGAGAGCUCGACAAUAGUCUCCUCCAGGAGCCGGCACUGGAGAAUAUCCAACGUUUCUUCUAUUUGGCGUUCAAACAUGGAACGUCAACUCUAACGGGGCCCUCCGAUAGUUGGUACGCAUGUCAGUACUGCACCAGGUGGGUAUUGUUCCAUGCUGGAAUCCUUCCUAUGUACGUGGAACGGGUAAAGGAUCCAAACGUGGUUGUCACAUGUGGGGCAUCUGGAUACGGCUCCAUGUGCGAUAUGCUCCACAACAGCAGAACUGAGCAACAAAGAGCUAAUGAGGAGCUCGAAGAAGCUAGGGCGGCCCUGCAAGAAGCAUCGAAGAAGCGUUCUCGAGACGAAGAGAACCUCGAUGGUUUACGGGCGGAGCUACACAGCAGCAGAACUGAACAACAAAGAGCUGAUGAGAACCUUGAUGGUUUGUGGGCGGAGCUACACAGCAGCAGAACUGAACAACAAAGAGCUGAUGAGGAGCUCGAUGGUUUGCGGGCGGAGCUACACAGCAGCAGAGCUGAGCUACACAGCAGCAGAACUGAACAACAAAGAGCUGAUGAGAACCUCGAUGGUUUACGGGCGGAGCUACACAGCAGCAGAACUGAGCAACAAAGAGCUAAAGAGAACCUUGUGUUGGGAAUUCACGUGCGCGUGUAA